AUGAUUAAAGGAUGGAAACGUGACAUUGAAGGUCGACGAGAUGAAGCAAGAAACUAUUCAAUUUCAGGUGAAAAUACUCUGGAAGUGCGAGAUGAUGAAACACAGAUUGAAGUCGUAGCAACUGAAAUUCCAACAAGUCCCAUUAAAACGAGAGCUACAAGAGUUCCACCUGUGACUACAACCAAUGCAAUAUUAUUUCCAACAAAACAAGAUAUUAUCAGACAAUUUACACUAAGCACUCAGCAAAAAUAUGCUUUUAUGAUUAUAUCUAGUCACUUAGAUGGCGAAAAUCAUUCUUAUACCGGAAAAAUUGUGGAUGAUUUACGAUUACGUCAAGCAAUACUUGAACUACCUGAUAAUAAAACAGAACAUCUUCCAGGCUAUUUACCUCUCGUACCAGGAAUGCCAGUUUUACUCACAGAAAACGUCGCUACUGAACUCAGACUCUCCAAUGGUACACGUGGAAUCUUUCGUCAACUUGUAUACGAUGAAUCAUCAGAAGAUGUUCGAUACCAGGAUAAGAAUUUUCCACCAAAUACCAAGUUUAUAACGCAAACAAAGUAUGCUUUAGUAGAAUUUCCUGGUUGCAAACUUGAUAACAAACUUGCUGAACUGCAGUCCAAAAUAGUUCCUAUAGCUAUUAGUGAACAAACAUUCUUGUUCGACGCCAAAGAACUUCUUCCAGAAAAUGUAGCAAAAGCAGCCAAAAUAAACAAGAAAACAACAAAACUCACGGUCAAACGUAAAGCACUUCCGCUUAUACCCGCAUACAGCAUGACAACACAUAAAAGCCAAGGCCAAACACUCGGUAAAAUUAUCGUCGAUCUGGUGAUGCCGUCUGGCCCAAUUGAACUCGCAUCGGUUUAUGUUCCAUUAUCUCGUGUAAAGAGACUUGACGAUUUACUAAUCAUACGUCCAUUCGAAUUUGGAACACUUCAAGUUAAACCAUCAAUGGCCCAAAUAGAAGAACUUAAAAGAUUAGAUAAAAUAGCACAAAGUACUCGGAAACGUUUUCAAUUCAUUGUUUAA